ACAAGAUUAAGUGUAACUGAAAGUUGCAAAUAUAUAAUUGAUGUGUCUCUUGUAGUGGGUGAUACUAUUGCAAUAACUCGUUAGGAAUUUUUCAUUACCUGUUUCUGAAUUAAACUUAAAACAUUAGUGAAGCAGUUUAGGGGAACUGUUUUUUGUAUUGGCGUAUUUGAUACAUGUUAAUUCCGUUUCUGAAACAAUGGAGUACCUGGCAAACUUUUUAAAUGCCGUCAUUGUUUUGCCAUUUACAGCUGGAGAUGCAUCUGAAAACCAACAUGUCAGUACUUAUUUACGACCUCACGAUGGUAGUGUCAGCGGAAUAAUUAUUCUUUCAAGCGUCUUGGUGAUAGCGUUUCUUGCAAUGUUUGGAAUACGAUUGGUGGAUGCAAACGUUAACAAGACCAAACCAUAUUUUACAAUGCAUUCAUAUCUUUAUGUCACAAUCAUCUUAUCUAUAGUUGUUUUUAUCGCCCAUUUCAUCAUACAUCGGGUUAAUCGUGCAGACCGUUCCAGAAAAGCUGACGCCAUUGCCAAAUUAAAACUUGGAUUUUUAUGGAUAUUUACAAGUGGAAGUAUUUUGUAUGCCUUUGUUAAAAUAAUCAGAAUUCCAUGCAAAGAGAACAUUGUUAAUCAAUAUAGAAGUGUUGGGUGUAUAGACAAAAACUCUACUUAUUACAAUGGCUAUGUAGAGGCUAACAUCAGUUUUCAUUGCACUCAAAUUUUAUUUUAUUUUCUCCAGUCUUUAUUUAUCCAUUUCUUUAUUCGUGGCUGCUUUAAAAAUUCAUGGAUAGUCUAUUAUAGCCUUGUCUUGAUCGUUCUGGCAAACAUUUCACAAUGGGCGCAUUAUUUUUCUGGUGUAUACCAAGACAAAGGGACAAGAAUCUAUAACCUGAAUUGUUCCAUUAGUAAUUAUUCAAUUGACAGCUGCUACGGGGAAACAGUUUUGAUAAAGAUAGAGCCAUACCUAACACCAGUUGAAAUGGAAUAUUUCCUUUUAUCGAUGAUUUUUAUUGCUGAACUUUGGCCAUCCAAUAACAGCUGCACACAUGAAGUAAAUGUGCUUGAAUUGGAUCUCGCAAAUGAAUAUACGCCCUUUAAAUCAUCCACAAAUAGAUUAACAAGAGUAUGUUGGUCAAAAAGUGUUCGAACCACUUUGUGCGUUAUUUGUGUAGUUAUAUUAUUUCUUCCCUGUUAUAUUUUUGGAUACUUUGCAUCAGCAGAGAGCGAGCAGAAGAACAAAACCGUCAAUGUCAGAAUGAAAACUGCAGAUAUUCUAUAUGAUAUGUUUUUAUCAUUGAUCAAGACAACCUUUGUGGUGAUAAGUUUUUAUAUGAUUUCAAAAUCGUCUUAUUUCAGACCUCUUCAACGAAAAGAGGGCUUCCAUUUUCAUCAUAAGAUGAUAAUUGCUAGUUUCCUAGGUUCCAUUGGAUAUUUAUCAUUAAUAAUUUUUUCAAGCAUACAUGGUGAAAAAGCAAAUUUGUUAAUCGCUCAAAAAGUUCUUACGAUAAUAGAACUCUACUUUCAGUUAAUUUGUAUUCUCCAAUUGAACAACUAUAAAAAAUAUCAGCGAGGUGUUGGUGAGUAUAUUUAUCUUGCACUGUCAAUAUUCAAUCUUUGCGACUGGAUUGAUGACAGCUUUUUUGGAGCUGUGUCCGUAUAUGACAAUGAAGCUUUACAAUACGUAUAUGAUACCGCAACUCAGAGACACAUUACUAAUUUUUUAUUUCCCUUUUUAAUCUUCUUUAGAUUUGAAUCAUUUGUUUUUAUUUAUGGUACUUUUCGCCAAACCUUGUCUAAUGGCAUUUUUAUAGAGAGCACUGAACAUUUACUAUUUGAUGAGAUUUGAAUUUACGCGUGGAAUACGCUUCGUGUAAUAAAAUCAUGAAUGGUUUCUGAUCUAAAAGUAAGAUUGGAUGUAUUUUCAACCUUUACAUUGUGAACUAACAUGUACAGUUCUCUACAAGGAAGAUAGUUGGACCUAAAUAUCUAUAUUUAUAUAUAUAUUAUGUUUCAUUUUGUCGUAUU